AUGGCAUCAUCACGAAAUUACAGUAAAUCCGUAACAGCCGCAUCGGACGAGAUUAAGGAUAUAUAUUGUGAACCCUGUGUUGAUGAUGGAAAACAAAUAGAAGCAGAAGGAUUCUGUGUGGACUGUUCAGAAUAUCUGUGUGGACAAUGUUAUAACAGUCACGGAAGAUUUAAAGCGUUCAAACACCAUGUCCUCCAGGAUAAGAAAAAUAUGCCUGUUGAUGUUAGAAGAACAAGUGUACUUGAUGUGUGCGUAGAAAAGUGUUCUAAACAUCCAACAAAGGUUACUGAAUACUUUUGUCGGUCAUGUGACACACUUGGAUGUAGUGCGUGUAUCACGACAAACCAUCGCCAAUGCCAAAAUGUCGACCACGUACCGGACAUUGUUAUAGAUCUAGAAAACAACGAGGAAUUCAAAAAAUUUGCUGAAUAUUUCGAUGAAAAACUUACGUUGCUGAAAGAAAAAAAGAACAAAAUUAAUUCUAGAAAAACUGAAGUAGAGGAAAUGAAAAAGCAAGCAAAGGUAGCACUUAAAGAGCAGCGUGAUGAGAUAAACAAGUUUUUCGACCAUCUUGAGAAUGAAAUGGACAAGAAGAUAACGGACAUUGACAAAAAUAACAAGGAUACAUUGAAAGCAGCGUCAGACAGAUGUAAUAUCAUAAAUGAUGAAUUAAACAAAAUGAAAACUGAUGUCGAGACAAACAGAAAAAACGGCCAAAAAUGUGAACUGUUCAUAAAAAUGAAAAGAUUGAAAGGUGAAAUCGAAAAGCUUGAUAGUCAGUUUGAUAUGUUAUAUGAAGAGAGCAAGGUACAGAGAUAUAAACUGGUACAAUCCACACAGAUAGAGGAAAUAAUGAAAAACACAACUGAAAUAUGCAGAAUAUUAACUGCAAAACUUGUUUCAGAGAUUGAUAUAAGCUCUUGCAAAGACAAGGAAAAACCAUGUAUAAGUGGAAUGUCAGUGGUGCAGAGGCACUACAUAGCUGUUGCGGACGAGCGCAAUAAAGUAGUGAAGAUAAUUGAUACUAGAAAUGGCAGAAAUAAUCUUAUCUCUCUGACUGUAUCAGCGUCUGGUGUGCUAAGUAAAGACGUGAUACCAACUAUAAGACCAGCUUCCGAUGUUGUUGCCAUUGCACAACUCCUCUAUGUGUUACAUUCCAAUGAAAUCAAAGUACUUGAUACCCAUGGAAAUGUUCUGGACACAAUAGGAUGUGACUGCCCUUCCCUUCCUUCUAUAGCUGCAAGUCCUGACAAGAAAACCAUUUACUUAACAAACUAUAUCAAUAACAGUGUAGUGAGUAUGACCGUGGAAGGCAAGAUCACAGCAACCUACAAGGAUAAGGAUCUAGAAAAACCCUGGGGUAUAACAGUAGACAACGAGGGCUUUGUUUAUGUAAGAAGUAACGGGGGCAUUCAUCAGUUGACAAAUGACUGUACUAAGGUUCAAAUUAUCUCAGACGACUUGUUUGGUAGAAGCAUAACCCAUUCUGAUGCAGAUAAUAGACUCUACGUGGGAGAAGUUAAGAAAGUGAAAGUGUAUGAACUGAAGUAG